ACCCCGCAGUACAACACACAACUGGAGAAGCAAGCGGGCUCCUCGCAGAAAAUAAAAACUGGAUGGGUUGAUAUUAGAGCGAGGGCUUUAUUUCAAAAAAGAGAAAACGAAGGAAAAGCUCUCGAGACAAGCAGCAACCCCAAAGAGCCGGUGGGAAAAAUACAGGAGCCGAAAUCACAACUGAAGCACAGGUUUAAGAGGAUCCUUCCUGUUCCAGAUCCAAAAUGAGUUGGAGCUUCCUUACGCGUCUGUUGGACGAGAUUUCCAACCACUCCACCUUUGUAGGCAAAAUCUGGCUCACCCUCCUCAUCGUCUUUCGCAUCGUGCUGACCGCUGUCGGGGGCGAGUCGAUCUACUACGAUGAACAGAGUAAAUUUGUGUGUAACACACAGCAACCUGGUUGCGAAAACGUGUGCUACGAUGCGUUUGCGCCGCUCUCGCACAUUCGCUUCUGGGUGUUUCAGGUGAUUAUGAUCACCACGCCCACUGUCAUGUACCUCGGCUUUGCCAUGCAUAAGAUCGCUCGCAUGGAGGACGACGACUACCUGCCGAGGAGCAGGAAGAGAAUGCCAAUAGUAAGCCGCGGUGCCAACCGGGACUAUGAAGAAGCGGAGGACAAUGGUGAGGAGGACCCCAUGAUCCUGGAGGAGAUUGAGCCAGAUAAGGAGAAGGAAGUGGCGGUGAAGCCCAGCAAGAAGCACGAUGGGCGCCGUCGCAUCAAGCGUGACGGCCUGAUGAAGGUCUAUGUGUUCCAGCUGCUGUCCCGUGCCAUCUUUGAAGCCUCGUUCCUGUUCGGGCAGUACGUACUGUACGGUGUGGAGGUGGUCCCGUCCUACGUAUGCACACGCUCUCCUUGCCCGCACACCGUGGAUUGCUUCGUCUCGCGCCCCACAGAGAAAACCAUCUUCCUGCUCAUCAUGUAUGGCGUCAGCGCUCUGUGUCUGCUCUUUACCUUGCUGGAGAUCCUCCACCUCGGCAUCAGUGGUGUCCGAGACUGCUUCUGCACGCCCAGGCCCGCCACCCCCCGUCUCCCAGCUCUGUCCAGCCAAAGGUCCUCCAUCUGCCGCCAGCCAUCCGCACCUCCCGGCUACAACACGGCUCUGAAGAAGGACCCGUCGGGGAAAAUGGGCUUCAGGGACAACCUGGGAGACUCGGGCCGUGAGUCGUUCGGGGACGAGGUGUCAUCGCGGGAGCUGGAGAGGCUGCGGAGACACCUGAAGCUGGCUCAGCAGCACCUGGACUUGGCUUACCAGAACGGGGAGAGCAGUCCUUCACGCAGCAGCAGCCCAGAGUCCAACGGCACUGCAGUGGAGCAGAACAGGCUAAACUUUGCCCAGGAGAAGCAGAGCAGUACAUGUGAAAAAGGUCUCCGUGCAUAGGUUUUUAUCAGCCCAGCUGACAUUCUAGACUGAAAUUCCCAUCAGUGAGAGGACAUAAGGGAAUCAAAGUGUGUGAGAGUGAGACUUUUUGCUUGAGGUGGAUGAAGUCAACCCAAGCCUUCCAGUGUUACGGCCAGCCACGGUCGAGCAUCGAGUCAAAGGAGGAGAGCGGUCGUCUCACCCCAGCAAUAAUUGGGACGCCUGUCUGAAGAUCCAAAGUGCUUACAAACUUCCGUCAGAAAGAAUGGUCAAGGUUACCAUGUACUUCCCCCUCAGGGCAGCUAUUCUAUUUUGAAUAUUUUAAUGUUUUCAUUACAAGACUUAAAAGCUAUUUGUCAUACUCUAAAGAGUUUGUCCCAUUGGAAGUUCACAGUGAAUGCAUCUCAAGUUUGCCUUAGACCUAAACUGGAACUCUGUUUUCUGGCAUUAUUUGUAGGUAUGGCCAAGCCAGUUGUUGUGGAAAAAAACAUGUUUAAACUGUAAGAUUUGUGUAUGUCGAGUGAGUGAGCUGCAAUGAAAUGUCAAUGGACAAGACACCACUCAUAAAAGCAAGGUACUGGAACUAUUGGCAUGCUAAUGAAGACUUUUUUUUUAAGGAGUAAUUUUUCAUACAAAGGUUUCUCUCAAGUGUGUCGCUUUUUCUUUAUUUCUCUUUAUUAUUUUGACAAUGCACCAGUCAACAUUCCCAAGCUUGGUUGCUUUGAUGGCAACUGGAACACACUUUGGGUGCCUCUGUCCAAAGGAAUGAACAAACCUGGGUAAUGCUUGAAACACAUGAACGCUUGAUAUUGUCCUGUAUUGUUUAAAGCGUGUAUUUGAUACUGUUCUUUAUUUUUGUAUUGUGAUAUUGAGAAGAGGCUUUUGUCACUGUGGCAGAUUAUUAUUUUAUAGGAAUGACAUUCAUUGCUGUCUUAGUUCCCUGAAGCUGAACCAUGGACAGGUGCAUUCUGAAAGGAUUUAGUACGAUUGAGUUCAAAAGCAAAAACAAUUUUUGGAACCUUCGGCUUAUUUUAUUAUUUACUCAUCGUCUCCGACCUGCAAACAUUCCCUUAUUCCUUACACAGGUAGAUUGAAUCAUAUGUCUGGUGUAAUACAGAACAUUUUCAUGUAUUCCGCUUGAAGUGCAGAUUUGUGGAUACACUGUUCCGGAGCCUGAAUGAGGGUUGUAAAACAAUGUAACCAUUUCAAUGUGAAUUCAAUGCCUUGAUGCUCUAAGAUGCCAUCAUUUUGUAUUCUGAAUCAUACCCACAGUGCCAACUUGUUGUCAUCUCAAGUUAUUUUUGAACAAUGCUUUUUGUACUUUUUAUACUUUUUGUAUUGAUAGUACUUUUUGGUUAGUUUUUUUUAAAAUAAAUUUUUGCAACAAAAGUUUUGCCAAGUGGUUUCAUA